GCCCGUCCCGUGUGACGGACGGCGAGCUAGAGAGGCCGGGCAGUAGAUCUCCUCGGCCCUCACGAGACCUCCCUCUCCGCCUCAAAUUCUCUCGCCGGCCGUGCCGUGCCUCCUCCCGCUCCCCUGCGCCCGGCCGCUUCAAAUACCAUUCCCCAAGUCUGAAGUCUGAACUACCACCAUAUUGCAAAUCGAAGCAGCUAGCCAUCGAGAUUCCGGACACGAUCCAUGGGUUUCCUCGCCUUCCACACGUCCUUCUUCUUCUUCCUCCUCCUCUUGUCGAGGUCGUUUGAUCCGGUUCAUGGCGAUGCUGCAGCAGUGCCAGACCAGGAGGAGGCUCUGUGGAGCUACAUUAUCCAGCUACAUCCGCGGGAAGCUGCCGGCGGCAGCGAGGCCGAGGCAUCGCUCGCCGCCUCCAGCAAGCACGACUGGCACCUCUCCUUCCUCGAGAAACCAUCAUCCGUGCCACGGGUCGAACAACAGAAGAAUGCACAGCAGCCCUUGUCGUCGUCGCGGCUGCUGUACUCUUACCACACCGUGUUCGAUGGCUUCGCGGCGCAGCUCACGGUCACCGAAGCGGCGUCACUGCGCGCGCACCCCGGCGUCGCGUCCGUGCGAGAGGACCGCCGGGUCGAGCUGCACACGACCUACUCCCCGAAGUUCCUGGGGCUCAACCUGUGCCCGACGGGCGCGUGGGCGCGCACGGGCUACGGCCGGGGCACCAUCAUCGGGGUGCUCGACACCGGCGUGUGGCCCGAGAGCCCGAGCUUCGACGACCGCGGCAUGCCGCCGGUUCCCGACCGGUGGCGCGGCGCGUGCGAGGCAGGGGAGCACUUCGAGGCCAGCAACUGCAACCGGAAGCUCGUGGGCGCAAGGUUCUACUCCAAGGGCCACCGCGCCGCCAACCACCCGACGGACACGGCCCGGGAGUACGCGUCGCCACGGGACGCGCACGGGCACGGCACGCACACGGCGUCGACUGCCGCGGGCUCUGCCGUGGCCGGCGCCACCGUCCUCGGCGCCGGCACCGGAGAAGAAGAAGACGGAGGAACGGCGCGUGGCGUGGCGCCCGGCGCGCACGUGGCGGCAUACAAGGUGUGCUGGUUCAGCGGGUGCUUCAGCUCCGACAUCCUGGCCGGCAUGGACGACGCGGUGCGCGACGGGGUGGACGUGCUGUCCCUCUCCCUGGGCGGCUUCCCGAUCCCGCUCUUCGAGGACAGCAUCGCCAUCGGCAGCUUCCGCGCCACGGCGCGCGGUGUGUCCGUCGUGUGCGCGGCCGGGAACAACGGGCCGGAGCCGGGCACGGUGGCGAACGAGGCGCCGUGGGUGCUCACCGUGGGCGCGUCCACGAUGGACCGCCGCUUCCCGGCCUACGUCCGGCUCGGCGACGGCCGGGUCCUGUACGGCGAGUCCAUGUACCCGGGGAAACUGCAUUCGAAAAAUGGCGGGAACAAGGAGCAGGAGCUCGAGCUGGUGUACGCCGCCGGUGGGUCCCGGGAAGCGAUGUACUGCAUGAAGGGCGCCCUGUCGUCCGCCGAGGUCUCCGGGAAGAUGGUCGUGUGCGACCGGGGGAUAACGGGCCGGGCGGACAAAGGCGAGGCGGUGCGAGAAGCCGGGGGCGCGGCCAUGGUGCUGGCCAACACCGAGAUCAACCAGCAGGAGGACUCAGUGGACGUGCACGUCCUGCCUGCCACGCUCGUAGGUUACAAAGAAGCCAUGGAGCUCAAGAGCUACAUCAGCUCGACGCCCCGGGCAACAGCGAGGCUCGUGUUCGGCGGCACGCGGAUCGGGCGCGCGCGGGCGCCGGCCGUGGCGCUCUUCUCGUCGCGCGGGCCGAGCACGACGAACCCGUCCGUGCUGAAGCCCGACGUGGUGGCUCCCGGGGUGAACAUCAUCGCGGCAUGGACCGGCAGCGUCGGCCCGUCGGGGCUGGACGGAGACAGAGACCCCAGGCGGUCGAACUUCACGGUGCUGUCGGGGACGUCCAUGGCGUGCCCGCACGUGAGCGGCGUCGCGGCGCUCGUCAGGUCGGCGCACCCGUCGUGGAGCCCCGCCAUGGUGCGCUCGGCCAUCAUGACCACGGCAGACGCCACCGAUCGGCGUGGCAAGCCGAUCGCGGACGAUGGCGCCUUCGGGGACGGCAUGCCGUUGCCGGCCGACGCGUUCGCCAUGGGCGCCGGGCACGUGAGCCCGGCGCGCGCGGUCGACCCGGGCUUGGUGUACGACGUGGAGCCGGGGGACUACGUGACGCACCUCUGCACGCUCGGGUACACGGAGAAGGAGGUGUUCAAGGUCACGCACGCUGGGGGCGUCAACUGCAGUGAUCUGCUGCGGGAGAACGAGGGGUUCACGCUCAACUACCCGUCGAUUUCCGUGGCGUUUAAGGACGCGGGCGGCGGCUCGAGGAAGGAGCUACGGAGGACGGUGACCAAUGUCGGAGCGCCUAACUCGACGUACGCCGUUGAAGUCGCUGCACCGGCCGGGGUCAAGGUCAGGGUAACGCCUACGACGUUGGUGUUCGCGGAGUUUGGCGAGAAGAAGAGUUUCCGUGUGUUGGUUGAGGCGCUGAGGAUGGGGAAGGAUAGCGCGGAUGGGUAUCUGGUUUGGAAGCAGGUGAGUGGAGGGCAAGGGCGGCGGCGCACGGUGAGGAGCCCCAUUGCAGUGACAUGGGUACUGGAGUAGGAAAACAAGCAGACUCUCGAUCAGCAGCUUGCUGGUACGUAGCUAUAGCCAGUGCACGUGGUCUGUAAUUCUGUAUUCACUAUUCAGGAAUCAGGAUUCGAAGAUUAGUUCCCUGCUUUCCGUUUUUUUAUCCUUUUUUUCUUUCAGAAGAAUCAGGUUUCUGUUGAGCUGAA